AUGUCUACCAAGGAAAAAGCCCCCCUUGGUCGUGUCCUCGUAAUCGGUGGUUGUGGUUUCCUAGGUCAUCACAUCGUCUCUCUCCUUCACGAUCGAUAUAAUUGCACCAUCUCCGUUUUCGACCUACGUACAACUCGAAAUCGACAUUCUUCCCUAGAUGUUACCUAUCACGACGGCGAUAUAACAUCACUCGAAUCCCUCCUCUCAGUAUUUAACUCCAUCAAGCCAGAUGUCGUUAUUCACACUGCGUCCCCUGUCGCAAUCUCUGGCACCAACGAAAUGUUCCAUAAAGUCAAUGUAGGAGGAACGAAAUGUGUAAUUGAGGCAUGCCAAAAGACUGGAGUGAAAGCUUUAGUUUUCACAAGUAGCGCCAGCAUAAUUUCCGAUAAUACCACUGAUUUGGUUAAUGCAAAUGAGAGGUGGCCUGUUAUCCCUGAGAAACUGCAACGGGAGUAUUAUUCAUGGACGAAGGCCGAAGCAGAGGCUGCAGUCCUAGCAGCAAAUCGCGCACCAGAAUCUCCCCAACUCCUUACCGCCUCCAUUCGUCCCUCAGGCAUCUUCGGUCCCGGAGACGUUCAAUUAAUACCCGCCCUUCUUAAUGUCCACUACACUAAUCGUACCGGCUUCCAACUUGGCGAUAAUACCAAUCUCUUCGAUUUCACAUUCGUGAAAAACGUCGCACACGCACAUCUGCUUUGUGCCGCCGCCCUCAUCGCAACCGCAGGGCUGGGCACAACUCCAUUAGAUACGGAGCGCGUAGAUGGUGAAGCUUUUCUCAUUACCAAUGGAUCACCCAUUCCAUUCUGGGAUUUCGCGCGAGCAGUAUGGGCCGCUGCCGGAUCUACCAAAGGCAAAGAACACGUAUGGGUUAUUGGAAAGGACUUUGGAGUGGGGCUUGCAGGAUUUAUAGAGGGAUUAUUCUGGAUUGUUGGGAAGACUCCUAAUUUGACGAGGAUGAAGGUAAACUUUAGUUGUAUGACGAGGUAUUUCAAUAUUGAGAAAGCAAGAAGUAGGCUGGGGUAUGUUCCAUUGGUGCCGUUAGAUGAGGGUAUCAAGGUUACGGUGAAGCAUUUUGAGGAGGAGAAGGCGAGAGAAGGGGAGAAAAAAAGUCAAUAA